CUGCCCCGCAGAUGGCUUCGGCAGCACGAGUGUGUGGAGAAGCUCAACAUGCACGCCAUCCUGAGUGCCUCCACGGGCCAGGAGCAGCUCCUCACCGAGCUGCUGGUCACCUACGCCAAGGUUCCUGUUCUCAUUGGGGAGCUGAUCUCUGUGGAGAUCUGGAAGCACAAGAUCUUUCCCGUGCUGUGCCGGCUGGAGGACUUCAAGCCAAGAAGCACCUUCCCCAUCUACGUGGUGCUGCAUCAUGAAGCCUCCAUCAUUAACCUCUUGGAGACAGUGUUUUUUUACAAGGAGAUCUGCGAGUCAGCAGAGGACAGCAUUCUGGAUUUAAUUGACUAUUGCCACCGAAAACUGACCCUGCUCGCAGGUCGGAGCGCCAACGGACAGACAGUGACCCCAGUGGAGCUUCGUCCCGAGGAUCUGGCCAGCCCCUCGUCCAUGCAGGAGCUGCAGAAGCAGGCAGAGACAAUGGAGUUUGAGAUUUCCCUGAAAGCCCUGUCCGUACUGCGGUUCAUCACCGAUCAGGUGGAGAGUCUGCCCCUGAGCGCGCUGACGCGGAUGCUGAACACCCACAACCUGCCCUGCCUCCUUGUCGAGCUGGUGGAGCAUUGCCCCUGGAGCUGCCGCAAAGCAGGCAAGCUCAAGAAGUUUGAGAAUGGCGUGUGGCACGUGGUGCCCCCUGAAGAUGAGGUGAAGAUGACCAAACUCGAUGGGCAGGUGUGGCUUGCCCUCCUCAACCUCCUGCUCAGCCCCGAAUGCCAGCGCAAAUACCGCUUCGAUGGCUUCAACAAGAGCCAGCUCCUCAAGCUCCGUGCGUUCCUGACGGAUGUCCUCGUUGACCAGCUGCCCAACCUGGUGGAGAUGCAGAGAUUUCUGAGCCACCUUGCUGUGACAGAGCCGGCUUCCCCCAAAAAGGAUCUUGUCCUGGAGCAGGUUCCCGUCAUCUGGGACCACAUCCUCAAGAAAAACGCGGGGAAGUGGGAGGCCAUCGCCAAGCACCAGGUGAAGCGCGUCUUCAGCCCCACCGAGGAGGAACUGAAGCUCCAGGCAUGCAGCAGGGUGUGCGGUGUGGAGGCGGCCAAGCGGUGCUCUCGCUGCCGGAACGAGUGGUACUGCACGCGGGCGUGCCAGGUCCAGCACUGGCAGAAGCACAAGGCUGCCUGCAACCUGAUGGCCAGGGCGCCGAGGAGAGCGGACGACCCGUAAGAGACGUGGUGACUGGCAUCUGGCCCGCGGCUCGGCGAGGCAGAGGUUACCCCGGCGUGCAGCCCGGCAACUGGAGAGGAGAAGCCGGCAAAGGGCCCUUCUCCCUGCUCCCAGCCCCGGGCAGCACGGGCC